AAUUCAUUUCAUUAGCAAAGAAGAUACUCGAGAUACAAGGAACGGAUUUGCAGAGGAAGCCAUGGCCAGCAUGAAGUUCUCUACAAUUUUGUUAUGUGUGAUUAUUUGCAUUGGUUUCUUCUGUGUAACUCACGGAGAGGUCAUUCCUUAUCCAGGUGACUGCACGAAGUACCAGCACUGCGACAACAGUGGAUGUUUCAUUCUAAGUUGUGGCACUGGAACAGAAUUUAAUCCAAACACCCUCACCUGUGACUAUCCCCUGGCAAAUCGUGAAAAUUGUAUGAAUCGUGGAUAAAUCGGCCAAUUAAGUCUUCGUACUCUUAUAGUGUAAAUUUAAUCGGUUUUAAGAAGAAAACCAUGAACUAAGUACAUUUUUCUUCUCUGUACAUUUUAUUUUGGAUGAUGUGGAAUAAUUGAAUAAAAUUUCUUUUAAACUA